CCCAGUCAGCUGCCGACUGAAUCGUUCAACGGCAUGCCACUCUGUCUUUGUAUUUCCCAAACUAUGCAUCUCUAUUGAGGACAGCACAUCUUUAUGGCAGCCACAUACUUGCAAAAGAAUUGCAUUCAGAAUAUUCACUUGGCCUCUUACUAUUUCCAUAAUACCAUUUGAAAAGAGAAAGAAAGAAACUUCCCAUCCCUUGUUCUUCCACGCUGUUCUCAUCGUGAGAUGCUCCGUGGAAGGGAGCCGAGCGGUGGGCAGCGACUGAGUCCCGAUAACGAGCGCCUCACAUUUCCGUGGCAUUCCCAUUUGCUAGUGCGCUGCCGCGGCCGCACGCCUGAUUGAUAUAUGACUGCAAUGGCACUUUUCCAUUUGACAUUCUCUCUCUCUCUCCCUCUCUCUCUCUCUCUCUCUCUUUCUCCCUCUCUCUCUCCCUGUGUCGCUUAAACAACAGUCCUAACUUUUGUGUGUUGCAAAUAUAAAAGGCAAGCCAUGUGACAGAGGGACAGAAGAACAAAAGCAUUUGGAAGUAACAGGACCUCUUUCUAGCUCUCAGAAAAGUCUGAGAAGAAAGGAGCCCUGCGUUUCCCCCAAGUUGUGCAGCAGAUACUGUGAUGAUGGAUUGUAGGUGCAAAGAGUAAGACAAAACUCCGGCAUACAAAGGACAAUGACUACCAGAAAACUUCAGCCAGAUCCCGCCCUUUCCCUGAAAGGAACUGGAUCCUAGGAGGUGAAGGCAUUUCCAAUUUUUUGUCCUCUGCCUCCCUCUGCUGUUCCUCUGGAGAAGUUUUUUUUUUUACAACAAUGAGAAAUCAUGUACUAGCUGCAUCCUUUUCUAUGCUCUCCCUGCUGGUGAUAAUGGGAGAUACAGACAGCAAAACGGACAGCUCUUUCAUGAUGGACUCGGACCCUCGACGCUGCAUGAGGCACCACUAUGUGGAUUCUAUCAGUCAUCCAUUGUACAAAUGUAGCUCAAAGAUGGUGCUCCUGGCCAGGUGUGAGGGGCUUUGCAGCCAGGCAUCACGCUCCGAGCCCCUGGUGUCUUUCAGCACUGUCCUCAAGCAACCUUUCCGUUCCUCCUGUCACUGCUGCCGGCCCCAGACCUCCAAGCUGAAGGCGUUGAGGCUGCGAUGCUCAGGGGGCAUGCGACUCACUGCCACCUACCGGUACAUUCUCUCCUGUCACUGCGAGGAAUGCAGCUCCUGAGGUCUGCUGCUGAGUGUGGCUUCUGGAUGGGACAACAAUAGACAUGGUUCAACCAGCCAGGGAAGGACUGGCAAGAAAAGAGUUAAGGCAAAAAAACGAUGCAGCAACCCCCACGGGACUCUGCAUAUUCUAGUAAUAAAGACUCUACAUGCUUGUUGACAGAGAGAGAGAUACUCUGGGAACUUGUUUUCAGUUCCCAUUUUUCCCUGGUACAAUUUCUUUUGGUUCCUUUUCAGAUUCAGGCAUUCUCCCCCUUGGCUCUGAACGUUGUUUGGGUUUCCAACAAUUUAGCAUUAGUGGGAAAAAGUGGGCCCCCAUGCAAGAGUGUGUCAGGCUGUCACUGUUGGGUGCAUAUUGGGGAAUGAUUUUCUCUGGAAAGCAGGAAAGCCCAACUUUUCCUGGGACAUCUUCUAUUGGGAUUUUGGAGUUUUAAAAAAUCUUGUCAUUUUGGUCUAAGGGUGCCAUUGCUGCUAAAGGUUACCAAUUUCAAAUUCCAGACACCAAGCAUGUGGAUACGUUUAGCCAGGUUUACUCACAGCCAGCUAACUGACAUUAAAAUAACUAACAAACGGAUUUUCUUAUGCUGGAACUCUUGACAGCUAUAAUUAUUAUUCAAAAAUGACUUUUGAGAAGUAAAGGCGGCAUAAAGAAUUUGUCACCGGAAGGCUGUCUCAGAUAAAUUAUGGUAAAAUUUUGUAAGGGAGCAGACUUUUAAAGACUUGCACAAAUACGGAUCCUGCACUGACUUUGGAAAAGGCAUAUAAGUACUAGUGGCAUGAAGAAUGCACCAUACUCAUGCAUGCAAAUUAGACAAGCAAGUAUGAAUCUAUUUGUGGGUGUGCUAUAUAGCUUUAGCCGUGUCACGGGCAUCAUUCUCUAAUAUCCGCGUGUCCAUGUGAAGCUUGUUGCCAAAAUGGAGGCCUGGCUCAUCUUCUGAACACUUGGUUCAAAUAUGUUUUGGUUCUUGAGGCUCAAAUUUUGAGUUAUUCCCCAUGUUUUGAAAUAAAAAGAG